UCUCCCUUUCCUUUUCCUUGUGGGAAACUAAAAAUAUUUUGUUUUGGAGAAUAUAAAUUUCUCAUCUGGAUCUUGCGUAACUUUCUUGUUUUUGAUUGGUUUAGUUUAAAAGGAAUAUCAGAUCUCGAUCAGGCUUAUGGUAGUUUCUGUUGUAUAGAGAAGGUAACUGGGAUAUUAUGAGUAGUUGGCAGCUAUAUAAAGUUGGUUAUUUCAUAGAAGAUUUCAAGAGUUUGAGAGAAAGAAGAGAGCAUCUGCCACACCACUAAAAGGGAAAGAAACAAUGAAUAAGAGUAAUCUGGGCUCCAUCAGUAGCUCUGAUCUCAUUGAUGCAAAGCUUGAAGAGCAUCAGCUGUGUGGAUCCAAGCAGUGCCCAGGUUGCGGACACAAGCUUGAAGGAAAGCCGGACUGGUUGGGUCUACCAGCUGGAGUGAAAUUUGAUCCGACAGACCAAGAACUGAUAGAACACCUCGAAGCAAAAGUAGAAGCUAAAGACAUGAAGUCUCACCCUUUGAUAGAUGAGUUCAUUCCUACCAUUGAAGGAGAAGAUGGGAUUUGUUAUACCCAUCCUGAGAAACUCCCAGGAGUAACCAGAGAUGGCUUGAGCAGGCAUUUCUUCCACAGACCAUCAAAGGCCUACACAACUGGGACAAGAAAAAGAAGGAAGAUUCAAACCGAAUGUGACUUACAAGGAGGAGAAACAAGAUGGCACAAAACCGGCAAGACAAGGCCAGUCUUGGUCAAUGGCAAACAGAAAGGGUGCAAGAAAAUCCUAGUUCUCUACACAAAUUUUGGCAAGAAUCGGAAACCCGAAAAGACCAAUUGGGUCAUGCACCAAUAUCAUCUCGGUCAGCACGAAGAAGAGAAAGAAGGAGAACUUGUGGUGUCAAAGAUAUUUUAUCAGACUCAACCGAGGCAGUGCAACUGGUCUGAUCAUCGAAGUGCAACAACUCUUGAAGGAAGCAAUGACCCUAAUAGCAGAAGAGAUGGUGGCAGUGGAAGUUGUUCGUCAAAGGAAGCAAUCCCUUUAAGAGAUGAAGUUUCUGGAGCUGGGGUUGCUGCUGCUUUAUCAAGUUAUGCCGGUGCCGUGGAUAUCCAACAGUUUAAAUCUGAUCAUUUCAGUUUCACCCCAUUUAGCAAAAGCUUCGAUGAGGUAGGGAUUGGAGAAGCUUCAGAAACAAGGGAAGCCCCAGCUCCAGGUACGUGCGAAGAGAUACGCGAGCAUCCACAGCCACAUCAUAUCGCCCUUGAUCAUCAUCAUCAUCAUCAGCAACAACAACAACAACACCACCAUCAUACACAUCAUCAGAUUGCUACUACGGCCUUCCACAUUAGCAGUUCUUCACAUCCCAUCUCCACCAUCAUCUCUCCACCUCCCCUUCACCAUUCUUCCAUCAUUCUUGAUGAGGACUCCUUCCAUGUCUCCAGAAUAAUGCUUCAAAAUGAAAGUUUUCAGCAUCAACAGCAACAGCAGCAGCAGCAGCAGCAACAUAAACUGGGAGGAAGGUCUGCAUCAGGUUUGGAGGAACUAAUAAUGGGUUGCACUUCAACUGAUAUCAAAGAAGAAUCAUCCAUCACAAACCCACAAGAGGCUGAAUGGUUGAAGUACUCCUUCUGGCCUGACCCUGACAACCAGGAUCCUCAUGGAUAGAAGCAAAAAUAUUAGACAAACAAACCAAACCUUGCAGACAUCAUUAUUAUCAUCAUUAUUAGUACUUGAAGCCUCUGGUGAAGUUCUUUUCAAGGAGAGUCCAAGAAACCAUCUACUACAGCUUGCUCUUUUUCUUUCUUUUUCUAAUGGGGGACCUGGCUUAUGACUCUCGAAGUCUCAACUGAACUAACUGUACACAGUCCAUGUUGGAAAGAAAGAGAAAGAACAAAAAGAAUAAGAAGAUUGAAAGAAAGUAAAACAAGGAAAAGAACCCAGGAAAAAUGCUGCUCUCUACUGACAAAUAGAAGGAGAACCCAAGACCCAAUGAAAAUCCCGCCCUGCAUGAAAAUCAUCACCAUUAAGAAUGUUACAAUAUCAUCUUCAUGGCUAUUCUUAUUAUUUUAUUAUUUCGAAGCUCUUGUAUAAUUUCUUUUCUUGUUCUUUUCAAACAAAAUACCAAAGAGUUUGUGCAAAUUGCAAACAAAUACCUUGUUAAUUGUGUUGUUUUAGUCACCUUUUCUAGUAAAAUAUAUGUGGAUUAGGGGGUUUACGAUUUCCUUUUAUAUAUAUUAUAUAGAAAU